UAUUUUUAAAAAACAACCAAAACAAUGUUCUUAUUUUGCUGAUCUAAUCAAAAAAAGUAUUUCAAAUAUGACAAAAAAAGCAAUUAGUAAGAAAAAUAUUGCCAGCUGUACUGAUAGUGGCAGUAAAAAUAAUGCUGGAAUGGAUUGGUAUCUGUUCUUUGGAAUCGUUCUACUUACGUUAGCAACACGAUUUUAUAAAGUCACUGAACCCGAUCAUGUUUGUUGGGACGAGACACAUUUCGGCAAAAUGGGAAGUUGGUAUAUAAACCGAACGUUCUUCUUUGACGUGCAUCCACCUUUGGGAAAGAUGUUGAUAGCGUUAUCUGGUGUAAUGAGUGGCUACAAUGGAACGUAUCCGUUCGAAAAACCUGGAGAUAAAUAUAAUGGGACUGCUUACGAAGGAAUGAGACUGUUUUGUACCGCAUUGGGCGCCUUAAUCGUACCAAUGGUGCAUGUGACCGUGUUCGACCUCAUUGAAUCGGAUGUUGGAGCACUUAUUUCAAGCUGCUACGUGCUGUUUGAUGUUGGAAUGGUGACUUUAAAUCAAUAUAUUUUAUUGGAUCCGAUUUUGCUGUGUUUUAUGACGGCAUCCAUUAUGGGCAUGGUUAAAGUGUCGAAAGCAACACAUAAUCGUCAAACAUUUACAUUUAAAUGGUGGAUUUGGCUUUUGUUCACUGGCACCAUGAUCGCCUGUACCAUCAGCGUUAAAUUUGUUGGUCUGUUCGUGAUUUUAUUGGUCGGUAUACAUACAAUCAAUGAUUUGUGGAUUGAAUUAGGCGAUUUAACCAAACCAGUUGUUGAAAUAGCGAAACAAUUUGUUGGCCGCGCCGUGACACUCAUCGUAUGGCCAAUCAUUUUGUAUAUGUGCUUUUUCUACGUUCAUUUGGAGGUGCUAAAUCACAGCGGUAACGGUGAUGGCUUCUAUAGCUCAGCAUUUCAAUCACAACUAAUUGGAAAUUCUUUGCAUAACGCAACAAUGCCAAGGCAACUGGCGUACGGUGCAGUUUUAACAUUGAAAAAUUACAAAACGGGCGGAGGAUAUUUACAUUCGCAUUAUCACCUCUACCCAAAAGGAGCUGGCUCUCGGCAACAACAGAUAACGACGUACACGCACAAAGACGAAAACAACAAAUGGCUGAUAAAACCAUACAACGAAGAGAUUAAAUCGAAUGAAAAGGAUGUAGUGCUUGUUAAACAUGGCGAUCUAAUUCGAUUGGAGCACAUUCAAACGAAACGCAAUUUGCAUUCGCAUCGUGAACAAGCGCCGCUAACAAAAAAACACUAUCAAGUCACUGGAUAUGGAGAGAACGGCAUCGGCGAUGCGAAUGACAUUUGGAAAAUUAUGAUCGUUGGUGGUCGUGAAAACGAACCAGUUUUAACCGUAACCAGUAAAUUGCUAAUCGUACAUUAUUUACAAAAUUGUGCGCUUACAACGAGCGGAAAACAAUUACCAAAAUGGGGUUAUGAACAGCAAGAAGUUUCGUGCAAUCCAAAUAUACGCGAUCCGAAUGCAUUUUGGAAUGUCGAGGAUAACACUUUUGAUAAAUUGCCAAACGUGAGCUUUCGCGUUUAUGCGCCAGGAUUCUUUGCCAGAUUUAUGGAAUCGCAUGCUGUAAUGUUUCAAGGAAACGCCGGUUUGAAGCCAAAAGAAGGAGAAGUUACAUCAAGGCCAUGGCAGUGGCCUAUUAAUUAUCGGGGUCAAUUCUUCUCUGGCAGCGCUUACCGUAUCUACUUGCUUGGCAAUCCUAUUAUCUGGUGGAGCAAUUUGGUAUUUUUGGUCAUAUUUUUGCUGGUAUUUUGUGUGUCGGCCAUUAAACAGCAACGUGGCUACGAAAAUAAUUUGGAGAAUAAUGAAUAUACGGGGAAAUCAUUGAGAGCUGGAGGAUGGCUAUUCAUUGGGUGGUUGCUGCACUAUGUUCCAUUUUGGGGUAUGGGUCGAGUUCUAUACUUUCAUCACUAUUUUCCAGCUCUGAUAUUCAACUCAAUGCUAACAGGACCGAUGGUGUAUUAUUUGAUUCAGCGUUUGCCGAAAUGGAUGCAGCAAGCCGUGCUCGGCACCACAUUGGGAUUAUUGGCGUACAGUUUUAUGCUAUUCUCACCGUUAGCAUAUGGAAUGACCGGUCCAAUAGCUAAUGAAGCAAAUUCAACAAUGUUCAAAUUGAAAUGGUUGAACAGCUGGGAAUUUUAGCAGUGCAAAUGCAAAUACUCACCAAAUAUUUGGAAAAAUUAUUAUGCAAACCCGUUUAUACAUAGACAUAUAUUGGUAUCCACACGUAAAUAUCAUUGCCAUAGAACUAAUGACAACUUCAACGACAACAACACAUGCAAUUGCAUGCGUGUGCAUGUAAUUGCAAAAUUUAAAUGUAAAUUGAAAGAAUAAUCGCGCGUGCUGAACAUUUGUAAUUAGGUUUACUCUCUUGAAAAGCGAUCCAAUUUUCAGAUAGCUAUAAAAUUACCGUUGUUGUAUAUAUACAUAAGGGGAGCAAUUUUUAUUCCACUUGCCUUCCCAUUCUUCCUCAUAAAUUGUUGGCAUUUUGUGUAUUAUGCCGAUCGAAACACAAUACUCAUAUUUAUUUUACAUAAUUUAUAAAUAUAUUAUUAUUUAGCUAGAUCGAUAAUCAGCAGCAAACAUUCAGGAAAUGGUCGCUGUUCGUGAAACGUGUUUUUCUAUUCGAUUUUCCAAAUGCUUCGUGCAUUUGUUAACGGUGGUGUGGCAUUUUUUUUCAGUUCAUUUUCUAUUUUGUGUUUCAAAUGCAACCUAGAUUUGGGUAAAAUAUUAUAUGCAGUUUGCAUGUUUCAGGCACUCGAAUAAAUGUCAUUUAUAUCUGUUGAAGUCGACAAUGUACACCGCAUGGUGCUGAGACCACUAACAAAACACACAUUCACAAUAGAAUGCAAUUUGAAUUUGCUUGUUGACGACAUAGCAACAACAGCCAUUGAACAGCACCAACAACGAAACAACAACAACAAAAAAAACAUUUGCCUUAUUCCAUUAUGAUAUUCCAAUUUGAUUUGUUAGAUAGAACAAUACAAUCAUUGAUUGCUAAUGAAAACUCAUUUUAUACUAUAAAAAAUGUUAUAAUGAAAAUACUUUGUAUUCA